AUGGAAAACAGCACCCUCUUCGACGUCAGCGGCAAAGUCGUCCUCGUAACUGGCGGCGCCAAAGGUAUCGGCCGCAUGAUCAGCGAGGGCUUCGUCCGCAACGGCGCCACCGUCUUCGUCUCCUCGCGCGACGCCAAAGCAUGCGAGGCGGCAUGCAAAGAGAUGAAUGCUUUGGGAAAAGGAAAAGCGGAUUUUAUAGCAGCGGAUUUGUACAAGGAAGAUGCGGCGGCGUAUAUUGCUACCGAGUUGGGCAAGAGGACUACGAAACUCGACGUCCUGGUCAACAACAGCGGCAGCAACUGGGGCGAAUCCUACGACAAAUACCCGUCGGCAGCCUGGGACCGCGUCCUCAACCUCAACCUCAAGCGCGUCUUCCAACUCACACAGGCCGUCACGCCCCUCCUCGAAGCAGCAGCUACCCCUUCCUCCCCAGCCCGCAUCAUCAACAUCGGCAGCGUAGACGGUCUGCGCGUCCCCGCGCUCGAGACGUUUGCGUAUUCGGCUUCGAAAGCUGGCUUGCAUCAUAUGAGUCGUGUACUCGCGAGCCAUCUGGGCAAGAGGGGUAUUACCAGUAAUACGAUUGCGUGUGGCCCGUUUCAGAGUAAGAUGAUGAAGGCGACGCUGGAGAAGUAUCAGGAUGUUAUUACGGGGGGUAUUCCGCUUGGUAGGAUUGGUACGCCGGAGGAUGUGGCGGGUACGUGCAUUUGGUUGUCCAGUCGAGCGGGUUCGUAUGUUAAUGGUGCGACGAUUGCCUUGGAUGGUGGCAGUGUUGUUGGUGCUAAGUUGUAG